AUGGAUGGUCUCUCGUUUUAUGACAUCGGUGGCUACCGUGAAAACAUUCGCCGCUACAAAGAAGGGAUCGACCAGCUUUGCGAUAUACAAGCAAUGAUUAGGAACGAUUUGUUGCAGGAGCGAGUGGAUAUUGAAACAAGUUAUAGCAAAUGUCUGCAAGCCUACAAUGAUAAGUGGUCAACGCAUAUCGGUGGAUUAGCCGCAUCCGCACUGCAAGAUGUUUGGAGAGAUGUUUUGGAGGAGAGCAUGGAAUUGCAAAGACUUCAUGGGCAUGUCCGAGAUCGCAUCUGCGAGGAGGUUAUCUUUUGGUUUUUGUUGGAGAACUCGUGCACUGGAAAUUUCUGGCCUUUAACUUUUAGGAGGAUUUUGAAAACCAUUGCACUGUAUCUGAAAGACAAUCAUCAUCCAUCACCGUUUCGAGCCUCAAAAGAAUUGCGUGAAAUUGAAGAAGAUUUUGAGCGGGCGCAACGAACUUGGCGGCGACAGUAUGAGAAGGUGGAAAAAGCAAAAAAAGCAUUUCAUGCGGCAUCCAAGGCCGAGCGCACUGCCCAAGUUCAGAUGAGGAAUGCAUGCGGUGAUGCGACAAUUUCCUUGGAUAUCGAAUCGAAACAACGUGAUCGUUACCAGAAGUGUCAGGAUGAACUGGCGAAGACUGAGAGAGCUUAUUGUGCAACUUUAGAGAACCUGAAUAAUAUGAAAAAGAGUUACAUAUCUCACAUGAGCGACGUAUGUUGA